UUGCUCAAACACCCUGGCAGGCUCUCCUAACGGCUUAACUUGUUACUGUCUAGCUGCGUUACCUGCGUUACCUGCGUUACCUGCCAGCUCAGGUGAGACACAUUCCUGAGGACGAGGGUCGGCGUAGUAGUGGUCCGUCUCAGAUCAAUAGAAGGCCGACAGUAGGAGCAGUGCUGAUGGUCGGACACCAGGUAUGUUGACAAAGUGGGUUGUGAGCAAACUGGAGGCUGGCAGUGGGAACAGCUGCUGGUUCUACAUUUUAAAAUAAUGGCGACUUCGCGCAUCACGUGAGACCGUGAACAGCCACAUGUAGACUCAAGGUAGACUCACCGUGAGUCAGAUACUGAUGUUUCCAAACAUGUGAGCACACAGAUGUAGAGAGUGUAAAGGUGACAAAUGGUUGUUUUGUAUGAGUUCACACGUGUCAAGGAGGCGGCAGUGUGUUGAGAGACUGCAUGCAGCAGCCAGCAGCACUGGAUGCCAGACAACCAGGCGCUUCCGGUACAAGCCUUUCGUGUGGCAGCAUAUUCCAGGUGCUGCAGUCACAUGCAGGUGCUUGAAAGGAAGUCAGUCUUCAAAUAACCACGGCAACCAUGCACCUGUCACGAGUCUGCCAGCCUACUCUGGCAGCCAAUCAAAUGAUGCUGAGGCUAGUGCUCUUGUUGCUGAUUGGCUGCCUGCGGCGCGAGGUGUCGUCCGUACAGCGUUCUUACGUGAUCGGAAUCAUUUAUGAAGACUCCAAAAAUUACAGCACAUUUAUGACGAGAGUAACUUCCCUUUUUCACGAGCUUGAUGGCGAAUCUGAAAUUAAUAUCAAUGUAGUAUCAAGGGCUUGGUACCCGGAUCAGCCAUUGACAGGGUUUGAUCUGCUAGACAACAACACUGUAGUACUGGUCACCCUGGGGUCGUGCUUCUUCCAAAACUCCUUCACUCAGACCUUCGUGGCUCUGAAUCUUCCGUUGCCCCUUGUUCGAGUGGAUGCAGAUGGACAUUGUAAUGGCAUCGGGAGGCAGGAGAACAUCUUCAGUGUGUCCACCUCACAUCGGUGGCUUGCCCUCGCCAUCAUGGAUGUGGUUAAAACUUUCAAACCAAGUCAGGUUGUCCUUGUGUGUUCACAGACACUGUGGAGGUUAGCGACCGAUGUACUGGCAGUCAUGUCCAAGGAGUACAUACAAGUUCUACUUCUGUCGACCGAGGAGGUGCUGGACAUGGAUGCCGAGGGUCUGGAUGUCCUGAUGUCAGGGGAAAUGACCUGGAACACCAGCGGAACCGUGGUGACUUUGCUCUCUGACAUGGAUGUGGACAUCAGACAACUGCUUGCCCUGAAAAUAAAGAACUUUGUAGUAUUUUCUGACAAGGCCAUCAACACUGCAUCAUUCUGUCCUGCAAGUGAAAGUCUUAAUGUCUACUUACUGACAACUGCCAGACUUUUUUCAACAGACUAUUUAAAUCACACGACGAUGACUGAUAACCGAUCAGUUGUUCCGGAGAAUGUGAUUAUUGCUGUUGAGAUUCUGACGAGAGCUUUGGUCACCUUGUCUCAAAGCCCAGCACUGGACAACACCACAGUUCAGUGCGGGGUGGAGAACAAAACAGUCAGUGAGGAGGCAAGUUGUGUCCAGAGCAUCCUUACAGAGACUUACUUCGACAAGGACGGUUACUUGAACUCCAACAGCUAUGACGUCAGGAGAGUCUGUGACCCCGACUUUUGCGACGAGGGGAAGUGGAUUGUCGACAUGGGACUCGCUGGCCUGGACCUCAACACCGACAUUUUGAAGACCCUCAACUACACCAUCAGAGUCGGAACCACUGAGGCUUCUCCAUUUGUGAUGUGGAAAAACGGAGCGUGGGAAGGAUUCUGCAUUGACAUGCUUAAUGAGCUGGCGCUUGUGAUGAAGUUUAAUUACACAAUCGUACAGUCUAAAGACAAGCUCUGGGGUGCAGCCAACUCCGAUGGAACGUGGAAUGGUCUGAUUGGCAUGGUUCUCAAUGAGGAAAUAGACUUGGCCGUCGGUCCAAUCAGCGUCACGGCUGAGAGGGAAAAGGUCGUGGCCUUCACCAUGCCUUAUAUGGAAAGUGCCGGAGGGAUGCUCAUGAAAAGAUUUGAAGACACAACGGCGAAAAUGUUCCGGACACUAAUGCCCUUCACCUUUAACCUUUGGAUGGCCUUGGCUGGGCUCAUCGUUCUUGUCAGUAUUCUCUUUGGUAUCAUAAACAGAUUUAGUCCUUCCGGUCGCAUUCCAAGAGAAGAAACUGUGACCGACCGAUGGAUAACUAAUAUCUGGGACAGCGCCUGGGUGGUGUAUGGAUCGUUCAUGGAGCAAGGGGCAGAGAUGCAUCCUCACGGGGUACCAGGCCGGGUGGUGCUGGGCUUGUGGUGGGUGUUCACCAUUUUGACCUCAGCCUCCUACACUGCCAACCUCGCCGCCUUCCUGACCAUCAACAUGAACGCCGUGCCCAUCAACACCAUCUACGAACUUGCACAACAAUCGCAAGUCAAACCGCUUGUCAAGAACGGAACGAACUUGUACACCUUGUUUCAGAAAGGAGAAACAGCAGCUUACAGACGGAUAUGGGAGAUGAUCCAGCAGGGUCCCACUGUCCAGAGCAACGCAGACGCCAUGGACCUCGUCCUGUCCGGCUCCUACGCCUUCCUCACUGACCGCGAGCAGCUCAACCUCCUGAGGAAAGGCAACUGCCAGAUGUUGGUACAGAGCGAGGAACCCUUCAACAACAAUGGUCUGGCAUUCUUCGCCAGGAAGGGUUGGCCGCUGCUUGAUGAAGUGUCUCUUAGCAUAAUCAAACUGAUGGAAGUGGGUCUGCUGGAAAAGUGGCGGCGGAAGUGGUGGUCCGUGACGGACACGUGUCAGGCGGAGCAGGACUCGCUGGUCAACAGCGUCAACAGCCUGGAACUGGACUCCACGGCGGGUCCUUUCAUCCUGUACGGUGCCGCCACCGCCCUCGCCCUCCUCCUGUUGCUGGGGGAGCGGGCUGUCCGCACCGUGUGGCCGGCUGUCAGGGCCAUGGUCACCAGACCAGCUGUGGAGGUGUAGACGUGAGGACAGCUGUCAGGGCCAUAGUCACCAGCUGUGGAGGUGUAGACGUCAUUCCAGCAGUCAGGGCCAUGGUCACCAGACCAGCUGUGGAGGUGUAGAUGUCAGGCCCAGUCAGGCCAAGCUGCAUCCUUAUAUUGUUUUUUGGUGAAGGGGAACAUCCAGGAGUUAAACAUUUAGAGGGACCUGUUAUUUGUCACUUCACAUAACUGUGGUUCGUUUAGGCCCUCGACUAACAACGAUCAUUUAUUGGCGAUGCGUUUUUGCAAUGGGAUAGAUUUAUUUUAUAAUAAUAAACAUAUCAUGUCUGUAUGCAUCUAUAUACGUGUGUGUGUGUGUGUGUGUGAUAUACGUGUGUUUGUAGAGGAGUGCCUGUACGAUUGUGCUGUAUAUGAAUGAGACACCACCCGGUACAUUUGGGGUAUUAUAUUUAAUUUUUAAUAAAUUACUCUCAUGAUUGAAUGUGUAGCUGGCAGUCAAGGACGGCUUCUUCCCGCCACCAUUUUCCCCAUUUUUUGUUUGAGGGAGGGGACAAAGUCCACUAUUGGACUAUCUGGUCCCUUUCCUAAAGAGCUCAAGUGAUUUCGACGGUCAAGUAGGGGUCUUCACAUCAUUCCAUGUGAUGAAGAGAGUUUGUCUUGCAGUCACGUGAUGUGACGACCACAGAACUGACUUGCCAAGCUUAACUUUCGUGCAAUGAAAUUAUUAACUCUUUAAACUAUGACAGUUUCAAUUUUUGGUAUUCUGAUCUAUGACAUCUCCAAUUCUUCACAUUCAGAAACUGCUUGUAGUGUCAUUGUAAUUCCAUUCCUUGAUUUUAAAAGGAAAGAAAGUGUCACGAGAAGAAAAAGAGUGCAGGGAGGUGACUGGGGGAGAGGGGGAGGUGUACAGAAUUAUGCCAACGAACAUUUCUGGACGAUUAUUAGUUCAUCGUUGAUCUCUUUAAAAAAAACCUUGUUUUGCAUAACCUUUUUAUCUGAAUAAAUAAAAUUUAUUAACUUACCUUCAAGUCACAGGAAAAUAAAGUACAGAAGCCACCACAAGGAGGACAGAACUUUGUGUGACCUCUACAGACACAGCACAUAAUGUUGAGAGUUUUAUUUUAUUUAUUUUAUUUUAUAGUUUCUCCUGUCACACUGGUUUCUAACAUUUACUCUAGUUGCUAAGUGGAAACUAAAGCAUUCAUCUGUAGUAUAGAAAUAGUAGUUUUCAUAUCUCACAAACACUUUAAAAUGUAUUUUUUUAAUUUCAUUUCUGCAUUAGUGUCUAAACUUGAGCUCGAAAUGUUUAUCACAAAACUGUCAGAGCAGGUCUUGAUGCAAGUUAAGUGUUUUAGCAGUGUAUCGGAAAAUUGCUUGCCUCCAACUGUGGUCUUCAUUUCGUGAAAUGCAUAUUUCAUUUCCUAUGAUUUCUCUCCUCACUUUGACUUUAAUAUUUGAUUUAUUUUAACACACGUUUGACUGUUAAUGUUAAGCUGCACAAAACUUGACAGAAGUUGAGAUGAAACCACGGAAACAGAGAAUUCAAUUGUCAAGCCCCAGAAUUUCAGUGUGUUUAGAAAUGUGCACAUACAUUUGUGAUAAAAUAUUUGUUUACAUUUUAUUUCUUCAGAAUCCAUUCAAAGAACAGUAAAAGAAAUGAAAACGAGAGAAAAUGUAAAUGUAUUAGUCACUAAAAACUAGUUCAUGAAGAAAAAACUCUUGAUUCUCUUGUACUCUUGUAGGGUUGAGAUGUAUUAGAACUUAGGUACAGUGGAAAUCGCACAUAUUGUGAUGCUGAAAAGUGAUUCUAGCUUAUGUAUAUAUCUCUAUCCUGUGUAAGUGAAGUCCACUUCAUUAUUGUCAGAGAUGUCAGGACCCGACUCAAGUCGACACUGGGAUUUCCUUACACUAGAAUAGCCAGCGCGGUUCUUAAGUCCCUGAAACAAAGUUUCUAGUUGCUAAAAUGUAGAGUGGAUUGGUAUUGUUAUUGUGAUCACACCUUUCAUUGGCGUGUUUUCAUGCUCCAUGCAAAAAUUAAGUGGCUGUAUAUAUUUGUUUUUAAAGACUGAUAUCUCUAAAUUCACUGGUUGAUAAAAUCUGUGUCAUAAUACACCUUAAAGUCCAGUUAGAUUAUUUGAAGAAAAAUUAUGUUAAUCUUUUGAAGGUUUUGUUAUUUUGUAACAAUAAAACAACUGAUUUAAAGAC